AUGGCGUUGCCUCCGGUCAAGAUUGCUUCUCGACCUACCUCUCCCGCCUCUUCUUCUCAUCAUCACGCCUCGUCUUCGUCAUCAUCACAUUCACAACGCAUCGCUGCUCGUCCAGUUGCACCAGCAGACCGCUCGCCAGAUCGACACUCUCAGCACCAUCGCACUGGCUCAGCUCACGAAGGCGAAGGUCUUCCUCACAUCCUUCCGCGAACCUCGAGACCACCAUCGCCAUCCAGCUACGCCGCAGAUCGCGCUUCCUCGUCCUCCCAUCACGACAGCUCAAACGCAGCUCCGCAUCCUACCAGGAGCACAGCUCGCAGCCUUUUCCGUGAUCCGCGCUCUUUUCACCCAGCUGGUCGAUCCCAGUCUCCUAUCGCCGCCUUCCGAAAUCGUUCUCAGAGUUCUGAGAGGUCGCAUCUAGGCCCUUCUCGAUCGCAACCUAACAGUCCUCUUCUUCAUCCAUCUUUGUUCCGCCAUCCCAGCGAGGCAUCCAGCGUGCACCUUCCGCCCAUCUCUUCGCUUUCUAAAGAGGUGAUAUCAGAGCAUCCCGACUCUCUCGCAUAUCGUCGCACACCCAAUUCAUCGCCUCGUUCCAACGCACGUUUGCACAUGGGCAACACAUUCCGCGACUCAAGCCCAGCUCCCUCCAACGGCACUCCAGCCACCAUGCCUCACGAUCACCCUUUCUACCGUCACGAAUACCCGGGCGAAGAUCGUGCCAAGUCGCAGGCGCAGCGAUAUGCCGACGAACAUCCUCGAAGCAUCGCGUCCGCCUCUAGAUCCAGAUACGAGCACGACCCGCGCAGCGCUCACUACCGCGGUUCGCAUCCAGCUUCCUCGCGAUCCCAUGAGGCGUCUUACCACACCAACGGUGGACGUCCCGGCGCUCAUGGCGAGGAUCCCCGAUCGCAUCUGCCGUCUCAAUCCACACGUACAACGAGCCCACAUCACGUCUCGAGAGACUCUUACGAUCACGACAGUGCCGGCUCUCCUCCUGCAUACCACGCCGGUAUGAGAUGUUCCAACUGCGGUGUCACCUCAACGCCACUCUGGAGAAGAGCCCCUGACGGCAGCACCAUUUGCAACGCCUGCGGUCUCUACAUGAAGCCUCACAGCACUCAUCGGACCCCUUCCAGCCGUCCUGGUGGCGCCGAUGCCAGCCCGCCUAUUCACGAGGCCAAGCUGUCUGCUACACCUGGAGGCUGUUCGCGAGAUGAUGAUCCCAAGUCUGGCUCUUGUCCUGGUGAUGGUCUUUGCAACGGUACUGGUGGAACUGCCAGCUGCAGUGGAUGCCCAGCGUACAACAACAAUCUUUCGCACGCGCUCAAGGUCAGUAAGCGCGAGCCAAGCGCCGGAGAGGAGCUCUCAUCCACUCGCAGCAGCGCAGAGCGCACCGUCCCCGUGGCCGACGACAAGAAAGAGGAUGACAAGUCUGCUUCCGUCGGCGCCCUCCGUUGCACCAACUGCCAGACGACCACCACUCCGCUCUGGAGGCGAGAUGAGGACGGCAACAACAUCUGCAACGCCUGCGGUCUUUAUCACAAGCUCCAUGGCACCCACCGCCCCAUUGGCAUGAAGAAGACUGUCAUCAAGCGCAGAAAGCGCAUUCCGGCUAACGCUGCUGCCCAGGCCGCCAACCAUCCCGACGUGGUUCCUGUUCAGAUCAACGCCAAUGGGCAGCCGGUCAUCGCACCUGCUGCUAGACGUGCCGGUGAAUCGUCCACAGCUUCGACGGAUGGCAAACGAGGCCCCAAGAAGGUUCCUCCGACAUCCGAACAGGCCAUGCGCGAGGCGCGUGAUCGCGAAGCCGCCAUGCUUCUGAUGGAGGUCGGCGCUGGACCCAGAUCGAGGCCUUCGCUGCAUGAUGACGAUCGCCAUGCUUCGAAUGGCAGCUUGGCCAGUUCAGCUUCCAUGCAACACGAUUUGCAUUCUGCAAGAGUCAGUGCUGAUAUAGAUGGUGGUCGAGCUGCAAAGAGGCCUCGCAAGUCGUUCCCUCCCGCGCCAAGGGAGACCUACGACGAGCAGGAUGCUUCGAUGGCUUCCUCCGCGGCCUACGGUGAACAUCAUGGUAUUGGUGCCCCUCAAUCGCACCGCUUGCCCUUGGACACUUUGUCUGCAGACAAGACGCAUCCAGAGUCGUCUCACGGCGCUAGUGUGGCAGGCGAGCAGGGAGCACGUGCUAACGGGCCCGAAUCCGGUCGACAAACCUCGACCGUGCCUCAUCAUCACCAUCACCACCACCACCACCACGCUGGUCAUGCCGCUCAUGCUGCUCAUCACGGCCAUCACCACCACCAUCACCACCCUCUCGCAGUGAGCACCAGUUCUCACAGCCACGCGACGCCAUUUUCCAAAGUUCCUGCCAAGCUUAGCGAUGUGGAGAGGUUGAGAGAUGAGCUGCUGCUUGAGCGCAGACGCAUCGAUGAGGUACUUCACCGGGCUGAGGCCAUCCUCGCAAGUGCCCGUCAAAGCAACCACCACGCUGAAGUUACCAACCUCCCCGUCGGUGUGCUGCAUAACGGUUGUGGACCUUCUCGCGAGUCACCACAGGCCGGCUCUGCUCGAGGCAGUCCUGGAUCCGGCAAUGCGCACCUCAAGGACGAGGUCGCCGAAAGUGCUUCGCGACGAUCGCAGGCUUACAGCAACAGUAGCUCCUCGAGCGAGAAGGAUGAGCUCGAAUCUCCGCCUCCUUCGCAUAAGCAGCCUGCUGCUCGGACCAUGCUCGCUCCCGCCGACGCUCAGCCAAGCUCUCGGCGCAACAGCUUCGAACAGAGAAUGGCUUCGCUUCCUGUGAUGGCUGCGGUUCCUCUCAAGCGCAACUCUCCACCUAUCUUGGGCGCUCCCGUGGCCGAGAACAGACCUCUUACUGCCGCUCCACCUGCCAAGAAGGCCACUGCUUGGGGCAUUGACGCUCGUUCGCCACCUGUGGCUCCGGCUAGGCCGAGCGAUAAGCGUGCCCGUCCCGAUGGCAUGGACGAGGAUGAUGACCACUGGAACUGGGACAACCUCUAUGGCAAAGCCAAGCUCGAGAAGGUUGGCGAUUGGCGCGGCUUUGCUCGCCCUGCCGAGCAUGAUCGUAGCCAGUCUCGUAGCAAUGCCGCCGCUCGAGCUGCUAGGCUUCCGAUCGCUUCUAGCCCGCCUCAGACUGUGGGCGCUCCGCGAACUUGA